AUGCUUGAUCUUUUUAGGAAAUACAUAUAUUUUGAGUUAUUAUUAAUUUUAUUCUUUAUAAAUUAUAGGAACCCUUUAAAUGUUUACUUAAAUAUAUUUGUAAUAUUCUAUUUAACACUUUUAGGAUUAAUUUAUUUGAUCUUUAAAUUUAAAUAUACAAAUUAUAAAACGGCAAAAAUAAAUUAUAAUUUAAGUGGAAAGCAUGUUUGUAUCAUAGGGAGUUCUGAAGGUUUGGGUUUAUCUCUAGCAAAAAGAAUUAUAAAAGAAAAACCCAAAAUUUUAACUUUGAUGUCUAGAAAUAUAGAUAAAUUAAAAGAAGCAAAACAAAUAUUAUUAAAGGAAAUAGAAAGAGAAUCAACUAAAGAAGGCAAUCAUUUUUUUGACAUUAAGAUAAAUAUCAUUAAGUGUGACUUAAGCAUAAAGGCAUCAAUAGAAGAGGCAUUUGAUAAUAUAUUAGCAAAUAACAGUUUAAAUAAUGAAGAAAAUGAAGAAAGUUGUAUUGUAGCAAAUAAUACUAGAUAUAGAAAACAAAAAAAAAUAAUAAAAAAAGAAAAAAAUUUAGGAGAAAAAAAUGAUAUUGAUGUUCUUAUAUGCAAUGCUGCUUAUGUAAGUACUGGAGAAUAUAAUAAAUUACAAAUGCAUGAUUUAAUAUAUACAGUUAAUACAAAUAUAUAUGGUAAUAUCGAUGUUAUGUCAAGGGUUAUAAUUAGUAUGAAAGAAAAAAAAAGUGGCUUAAUUCUAUUUAUAAACACUGAAGGAGUGUUAUACCCAAUAUAUGGAUUUUCUUAUUAUUUAAUGAGUAAAUCAUCAAUGUGGACAUAUACAUAUAUAUUAGAUCAAGAAUUAAAAUAUUUCAAUAUUCACAUUGUAAAUGCUUUUUUACCAUCAAUUGAUACACCUGGUUUUGUUAAAGAAAAUAUUAAAAAACCAAAUGUUACGAAAAAAUUAGAAAAUUUAACUAAUACCCUUAAUUCAGACUAUGCUGCAGAUAAAAUUAUUAAUAAAGUAAAAAAGGGAAGAAAAUUUAUAACUUUAGAAUUUAACGGUUAUAUUUUGUCUAUUUUAAAUAGUGCUUAUAGAAACCCAGAAUCAUAUUUUGAUUAUCUAAUUUAUGUUUCAUUUAGUAGUCUUCUUGUUUUUGUAUCAUCCAUAUAUAAGUUAUACAUUGAAUAUAUUAUUAAAAAAGGGGUUCAUUCUAUUUGA